AUGGCUGCGAGUAUUACAGCACCUCAGCAAUAUAGUCAACCCUCACGGAAGGGUAAAAAAGCUUGGAGAAAGAAUGUGGAUGUAUCCGAAGUUCAUGAGGGGCUCCAGCAACUCCGAGAAGAACAAAUUCAAGGCGGUGUUCUUGCAGAGAAACCAUCUGAAGAUCUUUUCAUCGUUGAUAAAGUCGGAUCAAGACAACUGGAAAAACGCCUUGUAAACCCUGGCAGGCUUCUCAAAGCUGACGAAAUUCUGGGUUUACGCUCUGCUAUCCCAGCAGUCGAUAGCCGCAAAAGAUCAAGCUCUAAUGUUACAGAUGGAAUACUAGCGCCGAAGACCAAGCGAGUGAGAAGCGAUUGGGUGAGCCGGGAAGAAUGGCUACGGCUUAAGAAAAUCGCGGCAGAGGCGAACCCUUUGAAUAAAGAAGUUGAGCCGAGCGCAUUGCACGACCCGUGGGCAGAGCCGUCCAAUGCAUCUCCUUCUAAUGAUACGAAAUUCGAUUUCAUACCAAAGCCAAAACCCAUAGUGGCACCGCCAACGAUAAAACAUCCCCCGAUUCCACUCACUGCGAAUGGAAAACCCGCACCCUCUGUAAGGAAUCCUAAUGCUGGAAUAAGCUACAACCCUUCGUUCGAAGAUUGGGAUAAACUAUUCGCCGAAGAAGGGCAAAGAGAGGUAGAGGCGGAAAAGAAACGCUUAGAAGAGGCGAGAUUAGAGCAAGAAAGGCAAGCCAGAAUUGCAAUGGUAAAGGAUGGUGGUGAUACAGUUAGAUCUGACGACGAAAGUGCUUGGGAAGGCUUCGAAAGUGAAUAUGAGACGGCCGAAACAUUGAAGAAGAAGAGGCCAGAAAGAAAGACCAAAGCCCAAAGGAACAGAAUCAAACGGAGGAAAGAGGCUGAGAGGAAAGCGAAAUGGGAAGCGAAACUGAAAAGAAGAGAGGAGCAGGCCGCCCAGAUCAAAAUGAUCAUGAAGAAGAUGUCAGAAAAAGAGAAGGCUAAGCUACUUCAGAAAAGUUCAGAUAAUAUUUCGGAAGAAGGGGAUGAUCGUGCCUUGAGAAGAAGGCCCCUUGGCGGUAAACAUAUGGUCCCCGAGAAGCCUCUUGAAUUAGUGCUGCCCGAUGAGCUUCAAGACUCGCUAAGACUUCUUAGACCGGAAGGAAAUUUGUUGGACGAUCGAUUUCGAAACUUACUGGUGCAAGGGAAACUUGAAGCUCGCAAACCUGUGUCUCAGCCGAGAAAAGCGAAGCGAACUUUUACAGAGAAAUGGUCAUAUAAGGACUUUAAAAUCAAACCCUGA